AUGGCUCCCCAUGCAGAGGUCGACUCGGGCUCCGCGCACGGAGAUGGACCCUCCCCCCACCCCAACGGCAACGGCGCCGCUGCCACCACCGCCACGACUACUACUAACCAGCAGCACCGCGAGCUCUUCACCGUCAACUCCCCCAACGUCGUCUACACUGACGCCGAGAUCCUGUCAAAGUACACCUACCGCACCACAAAGGUCGCCCGUGACGCCGCCGGCAAGUACGUUGCCACCCCGACCGAGACCGUCUACGAGUUCAAGACGGACCGUAACGUGCCCCGUGUCGGCAUGAUGCUCGUCGGUUGGGGCGGCAACAACGGCACCACCGUUACCGCCGGCAUCCUCGCCAACCGCCGCGGCCUCGCCUGGGACACGCGUGAGGGGCCUCGCGCCGCAAAUUACUACGGCUCUGUCAUCAUGGGCUCUACCGUCAAGCUUGGCACCGACGCCGACACGGCGCGCGAUGUUAACAUCCCUUUCCACGACCUCGUGCCCAUGGUCCACCCGGACGACCUCGCCAUCGGCGGCUGGGACAUCAGCGGCAUGAGUCUCGCCGACGCCAUGGACCGCGCCCAGGUGCUCGAGCCGACUCUCAAGGCCCAGUUGAAGAAGGAGAUGGCCGACAUGGUGCCCCUGCCGAGCAUUUACUACCCGGACUUCAUCGCUGCCAACCAGGAGGACCGCGCCGAUAACCUGAUCCCCGGCAGCAAGGCCUGCACGGCCCACGUCGAGCAGAUCCGCAAGGACAUCCGGGGGGAAAACAGUGACUUCAAGGAGGCCAACGGGCUCGACAAGGUCAUCGUCCAAUGGACCGCCAACACGGAGCGAUACGCCGACAUCAUCCCAGGCGUCAACGACACGGCCGACAACCUGCUUCGGGCCAUCGACGAGGGCCACGAGGAGGUCUCGCCCUCGACUGUCUUCUCCGUUGCUUGCACGCUCGAGGGCGUGCCCUUCAUCAACGGGUCGCCACAGAACACCUUCGUGCCCGGUGCGAUCGAGCUGGCCGAUCGGCACGGGGCCUUCAUUGGCGGCGACGACUUCAAGUCGGGCCAGACCAAGAUGAAGUCGGCGCUCGUCGACUUCCUCAUCAACGCGGGCAUCAAGCUGACGUCCAUCGCAAGCUACAACCACUUGGGAAACAACGACGGCAAGAACCUUAGCUCGCACAAGCAGUUCCGGUCCAAGGAGAUCUCCAAGUCCAACGUCGUCGACGACAUGGUCGAAGCCAACUCGGUGCUGUACAAGGAGGGCGAGCACCCGGACCACACCGUCGUCAUCAAGUACAUGCCGGCCGUGGGCGACAACAAGCGGGCGCUUGACGAGUACUACGCCGAGAUCUUCAUGGGCGGCCACCAGACCAUCUCGCUGUUUAACGUGUGCGAGGACUCGCUGCUGGCGUCGCCGCUCAUCAUCGACCUCGUUCUCGUGGCUGAGAUGAUGACACGCAUCCAGUGGAGGGCGACGUCGGGGUCGGGGACCACGUCGACAAACGACUUCAAGGGCUUCCACAGCGUGCUGAGUAUCCUGAGCUACAUGCUCAAGGCGCCGCUGACGCCGCCGGGGACGCCCGUCGUCAACGCGCUGAGCAAGCAGCGCGCCGCGCUGACCAACAUCUUCCGCGCGUGCGUCGGCCUCGAGCCCGAGUCGGAGAUGACGCUCGAGCACAAGCUCUUCUGA